ACUGCUCUGGUUUGAAGUGGGAGUGUAAAGAUGGUUGCCACUAUAACCAAGACAAAUCUGGGUGGAUUCCGAAGUUUCUGCAGUUUAUGUCCAAUGUUUCAUUUAAAAAACAUCCGUGAAUUAACAUGUCUAUUUGUCACCGUUUGUAUGUUGAUGAGCCAGUCUCUGGCGGACGAACAGGACUUUAUAGAAGACUUUUUGAAGCGGGAGUACUCUCUGGUAAAGCCAUACCGGGGGUUGGGUGGCUCUAGUUCUUCCCAGUGGGAUCUGAUGGGCACUACCAUGGUAACACCUGACUAUGUGAGGCUGACCCCAGACCUGCAGAGCAGACAGGGGGCAGUGUGGAGUCGAAUUCCACUCUUCCUGCGGGAUUGGGAGCUGAAGGUGCACUUUAAAAUCCACGGCCAGGGAAAGAAGAAUUUGAAUGGCGACGGCAUGGCUAUCUGGUUAACCAAAGAUCGCAUGCAGGACGGUCCUGUGUUUGGCAGCAUGAACCAGUUCACCGGACUUGGAAUAUUCGUGGACACGUACCCCAAUGCUGACAAGAACCUAGACAGGGGGUUCCCGUAUGUGUCAUUGAUGCUUGGUAACGGGACUCUGUCCUACGACCACGACUACGACGGGCGGCCCACGGAGCUUGGAGGAUGCACGGCCAUAGCGCGCAACGCAGUCUACGACACGUUUUUCCUCCUCAGAUACUCCAAAACCAGACUCACGCUCAUGGUGGACGUAGAAGGCAAGCAGGAAUGGAAAGACUGCGCUGACAUCACAGGAGUGCGGCUCCCUUCAGGCUACUACCUCGGUGCCUCCUCGGCCACCGGUGACCUGUCAGAUAACCAUGACAUCAUCUCCAUGAAGCUGUACCAGCUGACAGUAGAGAGGACUCCCGAGGAGGAGGAGGAUGAACAGGAGGAGGUCACCAUCCCCAGUGUCGACAACAUGGAGCAGUUCCAAGUGGAAGUCCAGGAGGAAGGGAUGAGCGGGGUUCAGUUCUUCGUCACCCUCCUCUUCUCCGUCCUGGGCCUGGGUGUGCUGGCUGUGGUGGGACUGACCGUCUACGGCCGCUGGAAGGAGAACAGACGCAAGCGUUUUUAUUGACGAGGGAGCAACCGAUCUGAUACCACUUAGGUUUACUCAGGAUGUGACGAUUCUUAAUCAACACAUCAACAACAACGAAAAGACUGCCGUAGCUUCACUGAACCAUGCAAUCGAAACGAACAACCUCACGGGUCUGAAGCCCAGAGCCACGAGAACAUAAUCAGUCCAGAUGAAUAGGUGAGCCAGAUGUGAAACAUUCUUCUUGUGUGUGUGUGUGUGUGUGUGUGUGUGUGUGUGUGUGUGUGUGUGUGUGUGUGUGUGUGUGUGUGUGUGUGUGUGUGUGUGUGUGUUUAAUGCAACGUAGAUGAGAUAAAGCUGCUUAAAUGUGAUUCCUUCUGUUAAAAUACGCCCAUCAACUGAAGCACAGUGGGGUCUGAAACGUCUGCACUAACUGAGACACUGUAGAUUUAAAUAUUCACCAACAGGAGGAGACAAACUAAAAGCCUCAGAAUCGAUUUCCAAAAUCACAGAUGCUGUGUGUAGUUUACUGACAUCAUGUGGCCGGAUUUCAUGCUGCUGCAGUGUAAAUAUCUCUCACUGCCAUCUGGUGCUGCCACUGUGCUGCUUUAUGUGUAUUGGAGCGGCUGUGAAAACCAAUCGACCUGUGGAUCAUCGUAGACUUCUUCUUGCAGCACUGAAAAAAGUCAAGCUGUAUUCGAGAGCACCUUUAUAAGCCAGUAACACACAUACAUGACAUCAGCUCAAAUGGAUCUGUGUUAGCUGGUUUGUAAAUGCAUGGCUAAUGAAAGGCGGUGCUCUCUGCUGUUUGAAGUGCCCAGGUAGGACUAAUAAAGACCAGUUGAUUGGUUCAUUUACUUCCUGGUUUUUCAAACAGUUGUCAGCACCAGUUUUCAUGUUAACAAAAUCAAACUUGUUCUGUGGCACGGACUAUUAUUAUCAGACCCGUUGACUAGAAAACAUGUCGUUAUUUUAUCAAUGAAUUCAUUUGUGAUCAUGUGACCUUUAGACUUUAGCCCGAAGCAUCAUGUAGUCAAGCUGGCACUAAACGGGGAAAAAGAACUGGAAGAAUUGGAUUACAGUUUUAAAGCUAAAGGACUCCUUGACUCCUGACAGGCCCAGCGUUUUAGUAUCUAGUUUACAUAUUGUUUCAAUAUGCCUACAUUACCCAUAAUGCAACUUGGAUGCAGCCAAUGGCUAAUGUAGCCUCUAGCCUGCAGCAGUGUGUUUUCUGAAAACAGGCCUCUCUGAUGUGAGAAUUAUUUCUUUUAACAAAAAACUCACCCUCACACCAUUUAAUGAAAAAAAAAAAACUACUGUGAAGUUUGAUCUGUGUGUUGAAGCAUCAGGAGUACACUAUGAAUGUGUGCAUUGAUGUUAAGUUCACACACACCACAAGCAGGUUAAAACAAAGCAUCCUUAUUUCAUUAACUAGUGUCAUUAAUUGGUAUAGACCAGUGUCCCAAAAGCGCACUAAACUUUUUAUCGUCAGUGAAGUAAAAUAGAAUCUUAGCUCUGCGGUAGUGAAAUAUUUGUAAGAGGGUUGACCACUGGGGAGAUUUAUUUUUCUUAUUCUUUUACAUCUCAUUCUAUGGGCAUGUUAAGAGUCAGAACGGAACCAAGUCCAGACGCUGGUGUCUUUCCUGUCAUUGUCUCUUCUCUUUACUGUAUGCCAAGAUCUUUGUUGUAAUGAAUAAUUUCACCAUUCAUGUCAAUCAUGUAGUUAAUUAUUUAAAUAUUGUUAAGACAAUUUAAAUUUUAACUGAAGAGCGUAUGUUCUGAUCAUGCUCCUGUGUCUGUUUCUUUUUCUUUAUUAUUUUCAGUAAAAAAAUUCUAAUUUGG